UUCCCUUGUCCACCACCGGUUGCCCUAACGCCAGCCGCUCGGCUCCCACCAAAUCCUCUGCUACCACUUCUAGUGUCAGAAUCAGGGAUGCCAGACGCGCCAACCAGUUCAAGUUUCAUGAGGCUCUACGAGGCCUUGCCACCAGAAGCGAGACAGCAGCUAGUGGAGAAAAGGCUGGCUCCGCUACUGGAUCAUGUCUCGAGAGAGCGAGGAAAGAAAGUCCUCAAAUCCGCCACACAGCUCCGCAUGAAAUAUGAUACUGCGCCGGACCUCAAUAUUCGAGUGAAGAAGCGAGAAAUCAACGCGCUUGUCGAUGAACUCGUCCGGGACGCUAAACGCUCGAUUGUCAAGGAGCGAUCGCGUCGUGAAGAGCUGAUGGAGGAGAUUGUAGAGAGCAUAACGGAGUGGUUAAACGACAUUUGGAGCGUGGUUUUUGAGUAUAAAAUCAACUUCGAAGAGGCCCAUCGCUGUCUGCUCUUUCUUGCCGACGUCCUCGACACUCUCACAACAAUUCCCACUGCUGGGCAAUGUCGCUGCUCAAUAAACCACCACAAAAUCACAAUCGAAAUACGAAGGAAGCGCAAGGUCAUCAAAAAUUUCACCUUGUCUGGACCACGUCGGCUUGACCGUGUUCUGCUAUGGAUUUGGCGCGAUCUCUUCGUCUGCAUGUUUUUCAAGAAUCGAGGAACCGAAAACAUUCCCAACAUGCUUACGGAUAUCGAGGACUGUCUGUCGUGGGAGGCAUUAGAACAACUUCUAUAUGGUGGCUCCAGUAGUACGUAUGACGAUGAAGAUGGAGAAGAAUCGGACGAAGAGUCCGACCGUGAGCAAGAAUUUGGUUGUCCUUGCCGACUUCAUGGAAGUCAUUGGUCGCAAGCUAUCAAUGAGCACCACACUUCCGUCCGCGAUCUUGUUCUCGACCACCUUACUGCACUCUUCGAAACUGCACCAUCACACAAACUUUACUCUAGCAUUCUGUCAAUCAGCCCCACCUACGAUGAAACAGAAGAGCAACUUCAAAAGACCGUCACCGAAAUCGCAGGUUGUUCUGCCGAUACUCUUGUUGCGGCACUCGAUAUUCACACGGCAGAAGGAAACCCUAUUGCUUCAGCGGCCCUUUUAAAUGAGCAUUCUUACCUCCUUCGGCCUCGUGAUGCGAAUAUUCUCCAAACAGCUGUUGCUUCCCUAGCGGAACUGAGCUCUCUCCACCCUCUUGCGCUCCAAAUAGCGGAACGAGAACUACUGGACACCGCUGCGGCCAUUCGUGUCGCGAUACGCUCCGCUUUCUGUAAAAUCGAAGACAAGAUAGCUGGACCGGUGCUCACCGACAUAGGAAAGCUGCGGGUGGAUACUGCUCCGAGGCGACAGCGCAUCGAUUCAUGGGUCGAUAGUGUUAUCACCCCUGGGUCGGGAACUACUCAUCCAAUGGCAUUCGCAGCAAUGAUGCUGGGCUUUCCAUUUGCGCCGGGUAUGGAAGACGGAGACGAGACUGGGGACAUGGUUGGCUUCUUGGACCUUGACCCCGGUGACCCAGACUUGGAGGACUUGAGGGAGGAGUUUCGGCCGCGGUUACGGGAGCGAUUCGAGAGUUGGGUCAGCACCGUUGGUGUGAUCAAGGGCGGUGGGUCUGCUCUCCUCAACCGGGUCUACCACAAAAUUGUGGAGGAGAUGCCUUAUUUUAAGCAUGCAGAUGUGGUGAACGAGAUGAUGAGCAGAAUCGGUGAACGACCAAGCAAGGCGCACAUUGCAGACGGCAUGGACGCAGUGCUCGACUUUUGCAAGGCGCAGCGCAAGAAGCUGGUAGCUAUGGCAGAAAAGCGGCGGAAGAAGGAAGCGGCGAAGAAAGCCGCCGCCGCGAGCUCGCCUCCUGCCGAUGACUCGGACGGCCCACCUCCUCUUAUCCCACUAUCCAAUCUCGUUGUCAUAGGACCUCCCUCCACACCCACAAGAACAUUUGGCGGUAUGAACGAUGUCGAUUAG